UGAUCGUGACGAAGGUAAAAACUCCUCUUGGGGUAUCUCCCAUAUUUAAACGCGCGUCCAUCGUUAUCUUGCUGUGGGCUUCUCAUAUAUUGCCGCCAUUUUUAGGGAGGCAGGGAAUUGUUUGCGGAAGUUUGAAUGCAGAUGAGCGUCAUGCCGUUAGGAAUUCAUGUGUAAACCUGAAUUUGGUUCAUCUUUUUGGUUAUAAAAGAUCAUGGGAAAGGCUUCAAGGGACAAGAGGGAUAUUUAUUAUCGCAAAGCAAAAGAAGAAGGUUGGCGAGCUCGCAGUGCCUUCAAGCUUCUUCAGAUCGAUGAAGAGUUCAAUAUCUUUGAUGGAGUAAAGCGUGUGGUUGAUCUUUGUGCAGCUCCUGGUAGUUGGAGUCAGGUCCUGAGCAGAAAGUUAUAUCUCCCUGCCAAGCUUUCCCCAGAGACAAGGGAAUCCGAGCUUCCGCUUAUUGUUGCUAUUGAUUUACAGCCCAUGGCCCCUAUUGAUGGUGUUAUUCAAGUGCAAGGAGAUAUCACUAAUGCACGGACAGCUGAAGUGGUUAUUAAACAUUUUGAUGGGUGUAAAGCAGAUUUGGUUGUUUGUGAUGGUGCUCCUGAUGUUACUGGUCUCCAUGAUAUGGAUGAAUUUGUACAGUCCCAACUGAUCCUAGCUGCUUUAACUAUUGUUACCCAUGUUCUUCGAGUUGGGGGAAAGUUUAUUGCUAAGAUAUUUCGGGGUAAAGACACAAGCCUCCUCUACUGCCAACUCAAGUUGUUUUUCCCUAUUGUAACUUUUGCAAAGCCUAAGAGUAGUCGGAACUCCAGCAUUGAAGCUUUUGCAGUAUGUGAAAAUUACAGUCCACCUGAAGGAUUCAACGAGAAAGACUUGUAUCGGCUGCUGGAGAAAGUGGGUUCUCCGUCGGGAACCACUGAUACUGGACUCGGCAGUGUCGCUGAGAGACUCCUGAGUCUGUCAGACCUGACUUGGGCUUGGGCCCAAGCGAGACCUGAUCCAAGUCCUUGUUUUAGACUGUUUCCUGGAACAAUUAUUUUGUUUUGGUUUGGUUUGGUAGAUUGUAGUAGUGGCUGGCUAGAAGGACCAAACAAGGUCUAUAUUCCAUUUCUAGCUUGUGGUGACCUUAGUGGAUAUGAUUCGGAUCGCUCUUAUCCUCUCUGCUCAACAACGCAAGGAUCUUCUUAUCAAAGCCUAGACCCUGUUCAGCCGCCUAUUGCGCCACCCUAUAAAAUGGCCCUUGAACUCAAGAAGCAGGCUGCCCAUGCUACAAAAGAGCUCAACAAGCUUUCCCUUGACUCCUGACUCUCUUAGUUCUGUAUCGAUUGGCAAAGGCAAGAGCUGCAAAUGGUUAUGUUCCUUUUCUUUUGUUUUCUGUUUUUUUUCCAGAGAGAGAGAGAGAGAGAAUUUUUAGAGAGAGAAAGAGAAUGUGUGCUCUCUCUCUUCCUUGUUAAGUUGCAUAGCAAAAAUAUUGAAUUUGUGGCCUUGGCCACCCUCUUCAACAGUGUAUUGGAUCCUCAACAAGAAUCAUGCUGGGGUUUGCAUCUUACUGCUUUACAAAUAGGGGCUGGAAUUCUAAGAUUAUUUCUUCCAGUUCAGUUAAUGAGUUAAUGAGGCCACUUUUCUGA